GAGUCUUAUACUUAUGGGUUUAUGGCAUCCCCACUCGGAGAAAACUGAUGACCUCUUGUGUAUUACUCGAACUACUCUUACGCAGAGAUAAAUGUAUAUGGACGGGCCCAUGUCACUUUUAGUAACGUUAACGAGCCAACAAGUGUCGGGUCACUACUUACGAGCACUUUAUACAUUUUUAUUUUUAUAAAUAGUAGAUAAUAAUAACAAUAAUUAUUGAUUUUCUGGCCGGCUUGGUAGUUUCGUAGGGUUCAGUGUAAUUUUAUUUUUAAUUUGCCAGGAUGGAGAUCCUGCAUCGUCGGCUUUUUAUUAUUGUUCUCAGUUCUUGGAGAUGUAUACCUAGAUGCCUGAUAGCCCAGCUACUGUUUUUAUCGCUGGUAUCUUGUCAAUUGGACCUUCCACCCCUGAGGGACGAGCGAGGACCCGACUCGUACAAUCAACGAGAUCGCGCUUCGAUAGAUCCCUAUCAACGUGAUCGAGGUGUCAGGAUAAAUGAUUUGGAUUACCAGAACGUCCUUGCGCGAUUGGAUUUUCAAGGCGCUGAAAGGUGCAGCAAUAAUGUUGCCGCUCAGUGGAAUUAUGAGACCAAUGUUAAUGAAUACACUCAGCUACAAGCUUUAGAAGCACAAAGAGACUAUGCAGGAUUCCAGAACCGUGCUUGGCAAUUGAUUAACAAGCUGGACGUCUCUAACCAGCGAGAUCCUGUUUUACAAAGACGGCUGAGAUAUUUGGCAAUAGUUGGACCAGCUGCUCUUCCUCUCGACCAAUUAGACAGGUACAACCGACUGAUAAACGACAUGUUGGCCAUCUAUAAUUCAGCGACCAUUUGUGCGCACAAUGAUCCGUUUAGAUGCGGACUUAGACUUUAUCCAGAAAUAUCGAAAAUAAUGGCGAAAAGCAGAGAUUGGGAUGAAUUACAGUGGGUGUGGGUGGAAUGGCGGCGUCGCAGCGGCUCGCAAAUCCGUGACCUGUACACUCAAUUAAUCUUCUUAAAUAAUGAAGUCGCUAGAUUAAAUAAUUUCACCGACGCUGCCGAGUACUGGAUGUUCCCCUACGAGUCCCCGGACUUCCAACAAGAUAUUGAUGAAGUUUGGAACAGCGUGCGACCGCUAUACGAGGAACUUCAUGCAUACAUCAGGAAGAAGCUCCGCGAUCGUUAUGGUCCAGAAAGAAUUGGUGGUCAUACUCCCCUUCCUGCUCAUAUCCUGGGAAAUGUAUGGGGACAAUCAUGGACGAACCUCCUUGAUUUCACGACGCCGUAUCCCGGAAAAUAUUAUAUGGACGUUACAGAAGAAAUGCAAGCUCAGGGAUACACUCCAAUAGAUAUGUUCCGAGUAGGAGAAGAGUUCUACCUUUCACUCAAUCUGAGUGCGAUGCCUCCAGAAUUUUGGGCAGGAAGUAUCAUAGUUGACCCUGGUGAUCGGCCAUUGAUUUGUCAGCCUUCCGCAUGGGACUUUUGCAACCGUCUGGACUACAGAAUAAAAAUGUGUACCAAAGUCACCAUGAAGGAUUUAAUAACAGUUCACCACGAAAUGGCGCACAUACAGUAUUUCUUACACUACAGUAACUUGCCACGGGAGUUCCGAGAUGGCGCCAAUCCAGGUUUCCACGAAGCCGUCGGAGAAGCUGUUGCUCUUAGCGUGGGCUCGCCACGCCACUUGCAGACCCUCGGAUUGGCCAACAAGUACAUUGAUGAACCAGCAGCAGACAUAAACUACUUGUUUUCCUUGGCCAUGGAAAAGCUUCCGCUUCUGCCCUUCAGCAUUGCCGUCGACCGCUGGCGGUAUGACGUUUUUCGCGGAAUUGUCAACCGCGAGGAGUACAACUGCCAUUGGCAUCGCAUGAUGGAAGUUUACGCGGGAAUUAAACCGCCUGUUCUGAGGUCUGAAGACGAUUUUGAUCCUGGAGCCAAGUAUCAUAUUCCUGCAAAUGUUCCCUACGUUCGGAACUUUGUGGCUGGGGUAUUGCAGUUUCAACUUUAUCGAGGUCUAUGCCAAGCCGCAGGCCAGCGGUCACCCAAUGAUCCUAGGCGACCGCUUCAUAAGUGCGAUUUUUACAGAAGUCCUCAGGCUGGACGUGUUUUAGCAAGAUUGAUGGAGAAAGGAUCCUCGAGACCGUGGCAGGACACACUCCAAGAGGCGAUCGGUGAAUUUAGAUUGGACGGUGACGCACUCAGAGAAUUCUUCAGGCCUCUGGAGGAUUGGCUGAGAACGGAAAACCUCAGAAGCGGAGAAGUCAUCGGCUGGUCUUACGACGGUGACUACUGCAAGCGGAGCAUUGAAACAGCCGGUCUUCAAGUCUACGGAGCUGGAUUCUACAACAGUGCUUUCUCUGUUUAUCAAUAUUCGUUAACAACUUUCCUUAUCACGUUUUCAUUAAUUGUUGUCACUGAUAUUUUUUAACUUACGUUUUUAUUUGUUUAUUUUAAAA